CCUCUGAACCAAUGAGCAGCUUCAUCGCUGCGAAUGAAAAGUGAGACGAGAAACAGAGUAACGGGACGCGUCUCCGUGUGCAGGAUGGAAACCUAGCAGUGUUUGCUAACCAGCGCUACGUGUUUACAGAUUCGCUCACGAUCUAACGGUUUAAAAGAUGCAGUUCAUGCUGCUGUUUAGUCGGCAGGGCAAGCUACGCUUGCAGAAGUGGUACGUGCCGCUGUCCGACACGCAAAAGAAGAAGAUCUCUCGCGAGGUCAUCCAGAUGGUGUUGGCCCGCAAACCUAAAAUGUGCAGCUUUCUGGAGUGGAGAGACUUAAAAAUUGUCUACAAGAGAUAUGCCAGUCUGUAUUUCUGCUGUGCCGUGGAAGACCAAGAGAAUGAACUGAUCACCCUCGAGAUCAUCCACAGAUACGUCGAGCUCCUGGACAAAUAUUUUGGCAGCGUAUGUGAGCUGGACAUCAUCUUCAACUUUGAGAAGGCAUACUAUAUCCUGGAUGAGUUUAUACUGGGUGGAGAAGCUCAGGAGACGUCUAAGAAGAUUGUACUGAAGGCCAUAGAACAGGCGGAUAUGUUGCAAGAGGAAGCAGAAGCACCACGCAGUGUACUGGAGGAGAUUGGACUCACAUAAACUUCCACAGUUCUUCAAAAUAAGAAGUACCACUUUCUCGUUUUCUGCCUUUUCAGUAUCCGUGUGUCGAUCUUAUCUUGAAGUCACACAAAAACCACAGUAUCUGGAUUUAGUCAAAUAUGCAACAUUUUUUUUCUCCUUCCUCCAGUGUUUUUAGAGUAAUCCAUUCUCAAGUAUACUGACAACACCAGAACACUAAAUUUGCUCAUUAUAUUGUGCUAGUUAUUUUUCAUUACCUCAAUUUGUGUCCUUCGCUGCCUUAAAACACACAAUUGGGAUUUUUCCUGGGUCUGAACUCGGUGUGUCUGUGUAGGUCAGUAUCAAUUCCUUUUUUCUCUUUGCGCUCAAACAAUAUUAAAUGGAAAGAUUGUAAAGAUAAGUAUGAUGGCACACAAAGUCAUAAGUAUCUACACAUUAGUGGAAUAAAAGUGAUGUAAAUGUAUUAGCCAGUAUUAGAAAAAGCUCUACCGAUAACACUGUAAAUGUUUACCACCCACCAUCAGGACCAUGGAGAAUAAAUGCUUUGUCUUGGCAAGGUGUUUCAUAAAGGGUUCCUCACAUAAAUGGAUAUCUUCACACCCUUGCACAAACAUUUGCCUAUUUUUGCUUCUUUUCCAUUGUUAAACAUGAUCUUUAAGACAAAACACUUAAUUAAACGAUCACAUUAGAAGAUAUUGUA